UUGAAAGAUUUCAAAAAUAAAGUAUUAACAGAAGAAGAUAUUGAUGAAUUAUAUAAAUUAUAUAAUCCUGAGCCGCAAAAGCCAAAGGAACAAAAACAAAAGGUGCAAAACACCCAGGUCCUUCAGACCAUAAAUGAAGCACAAGCUUUAAUUUAUGAUUCAUUAGUUAAACCAUAUUCAGCCCGACUUUUAAAUGAAGAUCAACUUUUGGAAUUCAUCCUUCAACAUAAACUCGAAGCGGGAAAGUAUAUCAAACCUUUAUAUACAGCAUAUUUAAAACAAAUGAAUAGAAUACAUCCAGAAUUAAUGAAGGAAGGAAUGAAAUCCAAAAUCAAAGCAGAUAAAAUUAAACCACUUGCAACACCAAAACCUCCAACGACAGUACCGCCUCCUCCUUCAGUUAAUCCUUCAUCAUUCACUUUAUUAUAUCCAUUUCAAACAUUAAAGAAGCAAAAAGAUUUUAAAAAGGAUUUCAAGAUAUUAAAUAAACCAAUUGACCCGAAAAUUCAACCGUUAAAGGAAAAAUUUAGUCGCCCUUCAUUUGCUCCAUAUCCAUAUUCAUACGAAAUAGAUCAUCUGGAAUAUUCAAAAGGAAAAGUUACUUAUUUAUUUGCCAUUAACAUUAACACUAGAUAUUUAUAUUGCAUUCCGGUGAAAGGGAAAACAGAACAGGAAACAAGAAGAGCUAUUACAAUACUUACUAGAUCAUGA